UCGCCGGAUGGAUGUACUUGUAACAACAUCCGGAUCACGAUUGGAAAAUUGGCGGUUUGUAUUCGCGUUUUGUGUCGUUGUCGUGUAUGUAUCGUAAAACUUAACUAAACGGUGUGGAUAUCAGGAUAUACCUCCUAGCUGUUUUACCUUCUGUUUCCUCUUUUUAUUUUGACGGAAAAAAUGCGUUUUAAAGACAGUUUAUACAGCCAGGUAACAUAGAAGUUAGCAUCGAAGCUAGCGAGCUCGGUGGCGUCUGUAGAGAUCGACUCUGGACACCUCACCUCAUCUUCCUGCUUUUAUUCACCCAUCCCUAAACAAUGACGACCUCGACGUUACAACAAAAGGAAAACGGACAGUACUUGUGGUUUGCUCUUCUCGGACUGGGGUUUCAACCGGAUGCUGCGGCUUCAGGACUCAGCAAAGCCAACAUUAAGCAUCUAAACUUGGGGCCGAAUAUGUUCGAUAAACCCAACAAAGACGCCUUCUACAUCGUCACCGUUUACUUGCUGAAGAAACUCAACCCAACGAGAUUUCACGAAGCUUACAGGAAUUGCUGGCCUGUUUUGAACCAUAAAGCAGAUGCAGAGUUUCGCAAAACUACCUGCGCCUGGCUGCGAGAAAUUAUGGAGCAGACGGCAAAUGCAGGAAUCAAAGUGGUGGCCUCCUUGUUUCUGUCCCCCGGAGGCCCCAAGUUCCUCAGCUUGAUGCUUCAUUUGGCCACACACGUCAUGCUGCAGGAAAUGAAGACCUUCAGCACAGGUGACGGCUGGGUUCCCGAGGCGGCGGCGGUGCCGACCUCCAGCUUGGACAUGGCCGUUAACAGAUUCAGUCUGACCCGUACGAGGUUUCUACAGGCUGCCGUUGAUCAGGACCGUUUUCUCCACGAGUACCAGAGGCGAGCUCAGUGUUUGGUGAAGUCUGAGCGGGACAUCAGAGCGGAAGGUGCCAAGUACGACGAGCUGCUUAAGCGUUUCCCCUCUGACUCUGCUCCGGAUGAAGGAUCUUUCUGUGGGAAGGUCAGAGAGGUCCGAGCUUUAUGGUCAGACAUCGAAGCGAUGCUGUCCGCUAUCAGAGAGGAGCAGAGCGCCGUGGAAAGUGUUCUGAGAGGGGAUGUGGACCAGCAUGUCCUGGAUGGGACGGAUAGAGCCCUAAAUAUCCCUCGCUGCCUCCAGGAGAGGGUUGAACAGCUCCCCCAUCAGUUAAAUUCAGGGAACGUUUAUGAAGACGGACAGCUGAACCUCCUCUGUGUGAUGGAGUUGACCAACCACGCCUUGCGGCUCCUGAAGGAAGAACGUCGUCGUGUUCCUCCUCUCUCCAGAUCCCAGAUCAGUUCUCAGAACCUGCAGGAGAAGUGUCUUAAGAUGUCCCGGGUGCUGCGGGACCUUCAUCUGAUCAGGCAGAAACUUUCCAAGGAAGAGAUUCCAGAGGUCUGGAGUGCCAUCAGAGAGCUGGAGGCUGACUGGGACAAGAGGUGGAUGGAUACAUUAAAAGAAACGCCUCUUGUUUCCUUCCUCAACAAGGAUCCUGCUUUUAGUUUCCUGUCGCCGAUGGCCCCGCUGACCUUUGACCCGGCUGCUGAAGCCACUUACAGGAGUAGCGUGUUUUCUCAGUUCCCCGCCAAGCUUCCUGAUGGGAAGCCGGCAGAGAGGAAACCAGAGGAAGACGGGAACGCCAGGAGGUUCUCAGCAACAACGGAGAUGUUGGAUGUUCCUGCUGUCCCCACGGCAAAUACGUCUCUGGACUGGCUUUUUGACACUCAGUCAACCUUUCCUCUAAAGGCACCACCUGGACCACCACUCCAGACCAGUGUGAGGAAGACGACUCAUCAGAAGACGGCUCCAUUAAAGACCAAAACUCAGAUCUUUGACCUGGAAUGUGAAAACCUUGCAGAUCAGUUUGCAGAGGCUGUAGCUUCAGCCAGUCCUUCGGGUGGAAAAGGUGAAGGUUUGGAUCUGGAGAAUCUUCUCGGCAUCUAUCAGAGAGAUCCCUUUUCUACUAGGAAGCAGCUGCCUCGAACACCCGAGAGCUUAAUUAUGGAUGUGAAAAGCUCCUGGAGAAAAGCUGUUGAAGAUCAAGCUAGAACGAGUUUCCAUUCUUCUGAGCUGAUCAGCAGUGUUGCUGUUGGACAACGUCCGCUCAGUCAGCCUGAAAAUGUGAGCUCCGACUCCCCCGCUCAGGCCGUCUCCUGCACCGCCGUCCCUUCUGUCUCAGAUCAGGACAGCCCUUCUGCCUGCCAGCAGAGGGUCGCUCCCAAGGCCUCUCUUCUGUGGGAGGGGCUCGAAGCAGAGGUCCUCGACAGCCCGAGCGGCACCGGCAGCAGCGUCAUCCAGUUCAGCCUCGAGCACGAAACCCUCCCCGAACUGCCGAGCUGUGACAGUCUGAGUCUUGAGGACGAAGUUGUGGAUGUGACGAGCGAGGAGGAUGAAGAGGUUCUCAUUCGUUCUCUGACGCUAAAGCAGUUCACGCCUCGUCGGGAUCCGAACCAGCAAUCGAGCAGCGGUGGCUUCUCCUUGGAAAGCAUGAGGAUAAACAAGAGUCUUCUCUCAGAUUCCAGGGACAAAGACUUUCUGAUGGAACCCGAAGCAUCAGCAGAAAGAACCAGCAAUGUGUUUUCACUAGAUCUGGAUUCACUGGAGACACCUUCACCUGUCAAACAAGACUACGCCCUCCCUAAACUGAUCACCUUCUCCCCUAUAGACGACAUGAAAUGUUAGCCACUUAUCAGGAUCCACUCUUCAGCUCUUAACUCUUAAUUAUUGUGUAAUAAAUGUGCAUAACUGUAAAAUAAACCACACCUGCUGCACUCUGAGGUAGUUUUAAAUGGGAUUUUAUUGAUGUAAUAAAGCUGAAGACUUGAACUCAUUGUUUAGGAAUAAUUUCUGACUUGUAUGUUAAGCUUGUACAUAACUGUAAAAAAAUAAAAUGUUGAAUUAACUUAACCUAGUUAAGCACAUUGGUUACACUAAACCUAGCUACUUCAAUUUAAAGAGUCAUUAUUUUCUAAGUAAAUGUAUAUUACUUUUUUAUUUAAGCAACUAAGUUUAGUGAAACCAGUUGACAGAAGUUAUUUCACAGUUGCAUUUUUUUGGAGUGUGCCGAGUAAACAUGAAAUAAAUGAAAGUUGUGUAAAUCA